GUCAAGAGAGAUUUAUAGAUAGUACUUGACAAGCCGCCACGGUGUGUGGACUAGGGCGAAUUCUUGGCUACAUCGGCGGAAGGCCGUCGAUGGCAGCCGCCAUGUCAGACUUUGAUCAGAAUCGCAUGGAGCCCGACAACUCUGGACCCACUGGUCAGGCUGAAAAUAUUCGUAAUGACGCUGACACCAAAUCCGAUAAAUCAAAGGUUGAUUUCUCGAAUGGUUUCGAGAACUCCCAUCGUCCCUACGUUGCUGAUGAGAGGCUCCUGGCCGGGCUUCAAGCCCCAAGUCUUCCCCAACAGCAUCCCCAGGGCAAGGAUCAUGUGGAAGGAAGGAUUACGGGUCCAGGUGGCUACCUGACCUCGACGCUGAGACAAUCGAUGAUUGGGGAGGAACGUCAUUCACUAUCAGCUCAGCAUGCUCAACAGCAGACCGAUGGAGUCCUCGGUGAUACCAUACCCUACAUCCUCCAAACGCCCACUCAAACUCUGAUAGCUCAGCCCCAAGGGCAAAUGGUCCAGGAUUACUCAGAUCACAGUCAUCUGCCUCAGCAGAUUCGUCAGUUCGAUGGAUCCCAGGUGAGCCAGCAGAUGCACUCGUACGGAGAUCAAGCGAGGUACAUCACACGAGAUCCAUCCUGUCGAGAAUCAGGGCUCUAUGCACAUGUCCAACCAUCGAGAAACCCGGUAUUCAGUGCCACAGGCGGCUACGUCACCGUUCAACAUCCCCAAUUACCUCCUCAAUCUGUGAGCCCCCAACCCCCUUUCUACUCCAGCAUCAUCAUGCCCACUCAAACAUUACCCGUCACUCAAGAUUACACUCAAUUCUCCGGACUACCACAGUACUCGUAUGGUCAAAUUCCCAAGAAUCUCAUCAAUCCAAUUCCAUAUAAUGCUCACAUGGGCAUUUACCCCGGUCAACAAUUCCGGCCUCCACUUGGUCCUAAUCAGCAGAGAUUUACACUGGAUAUUGGUCAGUAUCAAGGGCAGCCGAUAAUUCAGCCAAUUUCCCAGAAUGUUAUUGGCGGUGGGGCUGACAGGGGAAAUUCAGCACGUGGACCAAAACCAAUGGUUCCACCACGUGGCAAUUCCAAAAUAACACACGAUGCGGGCCAUCGUAAAUCAGCCAGCACUGAUAUAACAGCUGGUAAGCUAGAAAAUUUAAUGAUGAAAUGUGAGAUAACCAAUCAAAAAUGUGGCAAUGCUAAAGAGGAUAGUGCGAUUCCGAGUUCAGUUAUUACUAACCCAACAUCUGGAGCUGAGAGGAUCUUUGCUACACCCCUAAAUCAAACACCACGAACUAGACAGGAUGGACUCUACGUCGAUACUAGCACUAAUCAAAUAACUAAAAAUAAACCGAUGGAUUCAUCUGUCCCGGAGUGCGACCUCUACGUUUCCUGUUCUGAGCAUCGUAAAUCAAUGUCAGUGGAUGUGUCAACGAGCUUCCAAAAACGCAAUGACACCAUUACCUUUACAUUUCCGGGUGAGAGUAAGCAUUCGCAGGAGAUGAAAAAAUCAAUAACUGGAGAUAAACAAUGGGGUGAUAAUCAAUUGUGUGUGGAUCACCAGAGGAGAAUGGAGCCGAUGAUUAGAGUUUCUCCGAUAGGGGCCGAUGUGCAACAGGAUACUAGUUACGUGCAGACAGCACCUGAGCAAAAGACUGAGUGGGGUGGUGUCAGUCCGAGUGCCAGAUCCAUCGUAGUAUCCCAUGAGAACAGACGCUCCGAGCACUUUGACGACCGACGAAGUUCCCCAAUGCCGACAGAUCCGAAGCACUCCGAUGAUAUUAGGAGCUCACCAAUGUCAUUUAUGGCCAUUCGGGAUUCCUUGAAUGAUCGUAUCAAUCAAAAAACUCCGGUUUUAUCCGCUCAGAAUUUUGAGAAGACCAAACAGGAGCUUGCUAACUGGGCUGAGGAACGCCAGCGACAGGAUAUCGAGAAACAGAUGUAUCAGGAGCAAGUCUUCUCCACCAGUCCCAAACCCAAAAACAAGCCCGAAUAUCAUCGUGACUUGAGGGCCUCCUACAUCGGAGAGGAGCACAGGAUAAGGGAUCAUCGAGGUCUGCAAACUGCAUUUCAACCGAUACCAAAUAUCAGUCCGAAUACCAUAAUGGAACAGCGACGCCAUCUACGUCAUGUGAGUGCUGACCUCACUAAACAGAUGGAACUCACACGAAAGGAAUUUGACGAUCAAUCCACCACCGGAUCCAUCACCAAUCUCAUUCCCAUCGUAAAUACAGCAUCAUCUCAGCGCAAUAGUCCCAAUAUUUGUCAUCAAUUUCCGGCACUCAGCGAUGCCACAUUCGAUACCAAAAUGGCUCUGACGAUUGUCACUGAUUUUGAUAGCAGUGCUAAAGCCUUCAAACAAACUGACCACAUAAUUCAUGGCCAUAAAAAGAGUCAUAAUGUCAGCACGAAUUUGCUAACGCACAGCAAAAGUCACGUUGAAAAUCUUCAGAUGGUUUCGUUGGACGGACAAAGUGACGAGAAAAGUGUCAAUCAGCACCAACAACAUCAGCAGAAAUUUCAGCAGAAUCAACAGAGCUUGGACAUUAUCUCGGAAAAGUUAAGUCAAUUCGAACGACAGCAGAAUGAUCUUCAACAACGUCUCCAGUGUCUGCAAAAUCAGAACAAAAUAUUGGAUCAAGUAGCUCAGUUUCAACACAUGCAGAGUGAUCUUCACACACGUCUGCAGUGUCUACAGGAGAGACAGGCAACCGAGAAAACUCUACGACACGCCACUGAUUUUCAACAAAAGAAAGUUUUAACAACUCUUCCAGAGCACUUGUUCACAUCGCUACCGGAAAACGAGACAAAACAUCAGCAAUUACCAGCCAACGCUUACCUACCAACCAUUAAUUUUCAGACAUAUACAUGUCACUCAACGUCAUCCAACAAACUAUCGCCGCGUAUGUCUGACAAUGUGGAACCGGAGAGAAAUUCCCAGAUAGGAUUGUCAGAAGUUUUGAAGUACGAAAAAAGUGAAGGGCCACGUAUAUCAUUGUCCUAUCCGGCGACGUAUCAGACACCACCGGUGGUGACAGCACCCACUAUGAUAUCUGAUAACAUGGUGAUUUCAUCCGCGGGAUCACAGGCACUGCCUUCCAGCAUCAUCUCGACUAAAAUGAUGACUGAAUCUGUGUCACCAGGAACAUUCAAGAAAGUACCACCCGAGAAACCACCGAGAACCUCGCGCAUCGCUCAAUCGCCAGAUGUUGAGAAUUUAUCCCAGACGUCAGGAGGUAAUGCACGUGGCCCAGGGUUUAGCAGCAGUGCCAAUAUUUGUAGUAGUACAACAAGUAUGGUUAACGGAGCCAACUUAGAGAGUCAGGACAUUCGAGAUAAUGUUGGCGAUAGGGAACACGCGCUGGUGUAUCGCGAUGGAAACCUUGUUUCUGGGUCACUGGAGGCUUUGGUGCAACACAUGGUACCUACCGAAGAGUAUUAUCCUGAUAGAGCAUAUCUUUUUGCUUUUCUACUGAGCUCACGUCUAUUUAUUAAGCCCCAUGAAUUACUCAGCGAGGUAUGCGCUUUGUGUGAACAUCAACAAAAACUAGGGGGAGAGGGAGGAAAGGAACGCCUUCAACGAUUUGUGCCACGACUAGUUCAGCUUCUCGCUGAAUGGACUGAAACAUUUCCAUAUGAUUUUCGAGAUGAGAGAGUGAUGGCUCAUGUGAAAUCUAUCACGCAGAAAGUUGCCAGUGUAGAUGCUACGGCUCGCCAAGAGGUAUCUGCAUUGUUACAAAAUCUAUUAUUACGCCUAACAGCAUUGGAGAGGUAUGAAGAGGGUCUCGCUAGGCUGGCUACCGAGUCUGGCGCCCAGCAACUGAGUCAGGUGGACGUAACUGAAUUAUGCCCUUCGGCAACGAUCCUGGCUCAGCAAUUGACACACGUUGAGCUCGAGAGACUGUCCUAUAUCGGACCAGAGGAAUUUGUUCAAGCAUUUGCGAAGGAGUCGCCUCAUUUGGAAACAUCGUUCAAAGAAAUGAAAAAAACUCGGAACCUCGAGUCGUACGUGCAAUGGUUCAACCGACUGAGUUAUUUUGUUGCCACAGAAAUAUGCAAACAUGCCAAGAAAAAACAACGAGUUCGUGUAGUAGAAUACUGGAUUGAAACAGCACGAGAGUGUUUCAACAUCGGAAACUUUAAUUCACUUAUGGCGAUCAUCGCUGGACUGAAUAUGUCAUCAAUUUCACGAUUAAAGAAAACUUGGUCAAAAGUUCAAUCAGCCAAGUUUGCUAUUCUCGAACACCAAAUGGAUCCCAGUAGUAAUUUCAGCAGCUAUCGUAGUACACUAAAGGCAGCCAUGUGGCGAAGUGUGGGAGCCACGGACGAGAGACAACGAAUUGUCGUUCCUUUCUUCAGUCUUCUCGUGAAGGAUCUUUAUUUUCUCAACGAAGGGUGCAGUAAUAAACUUCCAAAUGGCCACAUCAACUUUGAAAAAUUCUGGCAGCUAGCCAAGCAGGUGACGGAAUUCAUUGCCUGGAAACAAGUGACAUGCCCGUUUGAAAAGAAUUCUCGGGUCAUAGCCUUUCUCCAAGCGAGUCCUGUUUUAACAGAAAAUGCUCUCUCGUUGGCAUCGUUCGAGUGCGAACCACCGGAUAGCAAUCCUGAGAAGGAACGCUUUAAGAGUCUAAAGUCUGAGCUGAAUGCCCAGUGAGAAUCACCUACCGAGGACUGUUGAUCAUAGGAGAACUACUAAUUCGUCAGUCUCUCUGAAAGCAGACGAAUUGACCCGUAAUUGAAAUUUUAACUAGUAUAAAUCAAGGAUGAACCCAGUGGAAUUAGUGGAGUGACGUGAAACCCUACGGAAACAAUGGAACUAAAUACUAAAAGACUUUAGAACAUAAUUAAUGAUAAAUCUCAUAACGCGCACCACUUAAUGAAUGGAGAAUGGUUCAAUUAAUUUUAGAGUAGCACAUAGAAUUAUCCUUAUUUUUAUGUGAGACAGAAACAGUACAUGCACAAACGAAUCAAUAAUGUCAUUAACUUUCUACAAAUUUUUCCAUAAUUUACAAGUUUUAAGAACCAUCUACAUUUCUUUUUUGUAUAUAACAUUUUUAUAUUAUAUUCUAAGUGAUUUCACCUAGUGUAGUAAAUUAAUUAAUUAAUUAAUUAAUAUUCAAUGUUUGGUAGACGAAAAUUAAAAGUAGAUGAUAGAUGAGUGUCGUCAGAAAUCCAGUCGUUUUUUUUUCGUUCAAAAAAAUCGAUCACAAUUGACUAACAGAAAAUCCUGGAUCCUAGAGGUCCUCCAACAUUUUUAUCCUGAAGUGGGGGAAUACGAUCAAUGCUGUGUUGACAUCGUCGAACGUAAUUGAGAGCUUGAAUACAUUUAUGUUAAUUAGGUAAUCGUCUUAGGCAUCUGUCGUUCAACGAAUGAAUGACGUGAAAUCUUUCUUUAGUUGGAGAUAUACCUUAUAGAAUGGUCUUAUCACAUUCUAUUCUGAAAUUACUCAAUCUAUAAAUCCUUUGAAUUAGGAAAGUUGGACCACUUCAACGGAGCAUUGAGAAUAUUCUCACAUUUUUUCCGCAAUGCCCUUCAGAAUGAAGACAUUCAAAGGGGCUAUAAAGACAUUUCUUUUAACAGCGUUUGUCAAGAGAAUUUUCAAAAUAUUCCUACAGCUCUUCAUUUGCAAGGAAUUUGCCGAUUUCAUCGUGUACAAUCCAUUCCUUUAAUUUGCAUGUGUUCAGAGAAUAUUAUUCUGUGAUUAAGAACCAAGAAAUUUUCGAAUUUAAUGUUGAAGUAUUUUUUACGUCUUUUGAUUGAAUCGAACGAUAUUUUAAUGUAUUUAUACGCAAAAGAAAAGACUCGCAACUUUUAUCUUGAAUAAUUUAAUUGGUGAUGAUAAUUUCUCCAGUAAAUAAAGAAAAAUACCUUUAA